UUGAGCUCUAUUUUAUAUGCAAUUUUCCUUUUUGCUGAAGGCCCACUCGUUGCUUGGCGACGCGUCGCGAACUUUAGAGGGCAGCCGGUGUUCUGACAAACCAUCCUACUUUGGCAAAACGUCCUACCAUAAGUAGUUUAUGCACAUUUCUGCUGUUACAGAGUAAUUCCAGCACAAAUUUAAGUUGGUAUGACAGUUUGCCACUUAACGUUGCCCAUCAGACUAUGUUUGUAGCUUAUAUUCUUAAAGCCAGAACGGUUUGCCACUUCAUUUUACCCAUUUAAGUAUGCUUAUAGGUAACAUUCACAAAGGUAGCAUGGUUUGGCACUUAAUUUUAGCCAUCAGAGUAUUUUUCUAGCUAAUAUUAACAAAGGUAGGAUGGUUCGCCACUUACUUUCGUGUUGUGCGCAUGCGCAGAAACAACGGGUAGGCUGGUUUGUCAGACAGCCGGUGAAGCCAUGCUGCGAAAUAUGAUGUUGGGCUUGACCAGAGUGGUGCCUGUCGUUUCGGAGGAACUCAGCGCUCAGAGGGCUAACAACAGCAGGGCAGGUGGAGGCCAGAGUAGCGGCGGGGUGGUGGUAGAGGCAGUCGGUAAGGUGCUGACCCUACUGUCGGUCGUCUUCAUCAUCAUCACCUUCCCCAUUUCAGCCUGGAUGUGUGUGAAGGUCAUUCAGGAGCACGAGAGAGCCAUCGUCUUCAGACUGGGCCGGGCUAUUGAAGGACGAGCCAAAGGACCCGGUCUGGUCUGGUUCAUCCCCUGGUUGGACGCCAUCCAGACAGUAGACCUGCGCACCAUGUUCUUUAAUAUCUGGCCACAAGAGGUCUUGACUGCGGAUGCAGUGCCGUUAAAGGUGGACGCUGUUGUGUUUUUCUGGGUGGUAGACCUCUUCAUGUGGGUGAUGCGUGUUGUAAAUGGCCCCCAGGCCAUGUCCUUGCUGGCCCAGACGACUCUGAAGACCAUGAUAGGUGCUCACACUCUGGAGGACGUGUUAACGCAGAAGCUGGCCGUGGCAAAGAGGAUGGAAAUGGCGCUGUGCCUCGAAUUCAAAUCGUGGGGAGUUCAGAUGGAGCGGGUGGAGCUCAAAGCCCUGACACUCCCUGUUGAUCUGCAGCGCUGCAUGGCUUCAGAAGCCGUGGCCUUCAGGAGGGCCGGGGCAAACGUGAUUGCAGCCAAUGGGGAAGUGUCAGUAUCCCACGCUUUGGUGAAGGCGGCGUCGACAUUUGAAGGAAACACGGUGGCAUUACAGCUGAGGUUCCUGCAGUCACUGUUGUCCAUGAAGAGCAGCGCGCGGUCCGUCGUGGUCUUCCCCGUCCCUACCGAAGUCUCGGAUGUCACCGUUUCCUCGCUGCCUUAGCUCCUCACAAACAUCAAAACUCUGCAGCUACUUUCUGGAAAAAUAAAAAGUUUACGUUUAAACCAGAAUGUGAAAGAGAAAGAACGCAAAGGAACAAACCCGUCUGAGCAUUCAGCGCUCUCACUGUUACACUAACUGUAAAUGUGUAAAUAUGUCACACCCAGUGUUUGUAUUUGUGGUAUGUCUGAAUUUUGUUUCCAAGCACCGCGUCACUUUGGACAGAUGUGUUAUUGUACUGUAUGAAGCAUAAAACUUUUCCUCUGUUUUAUUCAGAGCUUCAACUUCAGACUUUGUCAGAACAGGUCAUCUAGGAUAAAGCCCUAUAAGCAUGUUACUGUUUAUUAAACUCAUUUCAAUUUA